AUGUCAUAUCAGACAGAAAUAAUCACUUCGCAGCCUCAGGUGACUGUUACUAGUUUCACCGUCUCCUCUGGUUCCACCGACUGGAGCUCUGGUGUCUGUGACUGCUGUGACGACUGUGGCAUCUGUCUGUGUGGUACUUUUAUUCCCUGCGUCUUGGGUUGUAAGGUGGCACAGGAUCACGAUGAAACCUGCUGUUUGCCCUUCUUACCUGGAGCUAUGGUUGCAUUGAGAACCAGCAUCCGUAACAAAUAUCAAAUCAAUGGCACUUUGUGUGAUGACUGGCUCAUCAUGUCCUGCCUCGCCCCGUGUGGACUCUGCCAGAUGGCUCGGGAACAGAAGAUGAGGGGAUAA